AGAGCCGAAGAUGUCGGCUCAGUCAUGUGAUCAGCUGUGUCCAAUAACAGCUGAUCACAUGGGACAUGUACACUGAUCAUCAGAGCACUGAUGAUCAGUGUGCCCUGAUGAUCAGUGUAGCCCCAGCAGAGCCACCUGUCAGUGUCCAUCAGUGCCAGCUCUCAGUGCUAAUCCAUGCCACCUGCCAGUGCCCAUCAGUGCCACAUCAACGCCACAUAUCAGUGCCUACCAGUGCACAUCAAUGCCACAAAUCAGUGCCCAUCUGAGCUGCCUUUCAGUGUCACCCAUCAGUGCCAGUCAGUGCCACCUAUCAAUGCCAGUCAGUGCCACCUAUCAGUGCUGCCAAUCAGUGCUAGUCAGUGGCGCCUAUCAGUGUGCAUCAGUGCCGCCUAUCAGUGCCAGUCAGUGCUGCCUAUAAGUGGCACCUAAAAGUG